CAAAUGCUUGGAGCUGACAGUGAGGAGCCUCUCCCAGCCAGGAUUUCAUCAAGGAUCCAGGACCUCAGAAGUGAGGACUGAGCCGGGGGCAUCCUCCCAGAAGGUCCAGAUAAUCCAGUUCUACUCCUGAUAACAGCUGUGGGAGAUCCCUGGCAGAGCUGUCAGACUGUGAGCCUUCCUCAAUCUGCCCUGGGGGUCUUCAGAGAGGAGGCGGACUUCCUGUCAUCCGGGGCUCGGAGAGACUUGGGAACUGGUAUAAAAGGCGGGGCUUCAGUUGGAUCGAGGAGAGAAUCUCGGGUCCUGCUUGGAGACAAGGAGCUCCAGGAACCAGGAGGUAAAGACUGAGGUCUGAGGCCGGUGUCCUGAGGUCAGAGAGCAGAGGAGGUCCUGCCAGAACCAGGAGUCAAGGCCCGUGGUCCCCCAUCUGUCACCUCUGCCCACACUCCUGUCUGUUGCUGGAAACCAGUCAUCAUGUCUCAUGCUCCAAAGCGACGGCGCUGUGUGCUUGAGGAAGGCAGUGAGGCCCAAAGUGUUCUUGCGGUUGUGGAAGAGGAUACGUCCUCAUCCUCCACCUGCUCCUCCUCAUUUCCCUUAUCCUCCUCCUCCUCCUCUUCCUCUUGCUAUCCGCUGAUCUCGAGCUCCCCAGAGGAGUAUCUUAAUGUUAUUCCUGGGCCCCUGGGUCCCUCCCAGGAUCCUCCCCAGGGUCCCUCCCAGGAUCCUUCCCAGGGUCCUUCCCAGGAUCCUCCCCAGGAUCCUCCCCAGGGUCCUUCACAGAGCCCUCCGAGUUCCUUUCUCUCUCCCACUGCUGUUGCCUCUCCAAUGAGCCAAUCCGAGGAUGGCCCCAGCAGCCCCAAAGAGGGGAGUCUGAGCACCUCUCAGGCUCUACCAAAUGCUGAGUCCCUGCCCAGAAAUGUGAUUGAUGACAGGGUGGCUGAUCUGGUAGAAUUUCUGCUCCUCAAGUAUCGAACCAAGGAGCUGACCACAAAGGAGGAAAUGCUGAGUGUCGUCAUCAAAGAUUACCAGGAUCACUUCCCUGAGAUCUUCAGAGAAGCCUCGGAGUGCCUGCAGCUGGCGUUUGGCGUGGAUGUGAAGGAAGUGGACCCCAGCAAUGACUCCUAUGCCGUGGUCACUACCCUGGGUCUCACCUGCGAUGGGAUGAUGAGCGAUGGGCAGACCAUGCCCAAGAACGGUAUUCUAAUAGUUAUCCUGAGCAUGAUCUUUAUGGAGGGUGACUGUGUCUCUGAGGAGAAGGUGUGGGAAGUGCUGAAUGUGAUGGGGGUAUAUGAUGGGACAGAUCACUUUAUCUAUGGGGAGCCCAGGGAGCUUAUUACCAGAGUGUUGGUGCAGGAGCAGUACUUUGAGUACCGACAGGUGCCCAACAGUGAUCCUGCCCGCUAUGAGUUUCUGUGGGGUCCCCGGGCCCAUUCGGAGAUCUGCAAGAUGACUCUCCUGGAGUUUUUGGCCAAGAUCAGUGGAAAUGACCCUAGAGCCUUCCCUCUGUGGUAUGAGGAGGCUUUGAGACAGCAGGAAGAGAGAGCCCAAUCUGGAAUUGCCACCACGGAUGAUACUAGUGCCGUGGCCAGUGAAAGUUCCAGUGCACCAUCCUGUCCUGAGUGAAGUCCAAGGCAGAUUCUUCACUCUGUGUUUUUUAAGAGGGCAGUCAAUGAUCUAACUAGUAGAGGGACCGACUGGGGGCAAGGGAAUCAUAGUAAAUAGCAUUUUUGUGUUUCUCUUCCGCUGGGGUGACUUAAAACUUGAUCUUCUUUUAUUUUUUGGCAUUUUAAAAUGUUGUUACUCAACUAGAAAGUCUGUUAUUCUCAAAAUCUAGGUUUAUGCAUGACAUUGGCACAUUUAGCAUUUUUUUUUCUUUCAGUUUAGUAGAAAGAAUUUUGCUGUGUUAAGACAAAUUGGGAAACCUUUCAUUUUAUUUGUACUCUGUAAUAAGAAAAGAUGGCAUUAGAAUAAGAAUUUCCUUGAAAAUGUGAAAGAACUUAGUAAAAUGGAGAAAAAAAUGAAGUGGUUUACUUUUGAAUUCUCACUUUCAGUCUAUUCUGUAACAUUAAGAUAUGUACUUGAAUUUUCUUAGUUUA